UCUUUUUCGUACAUUGUUGCGUCAUCGGAGUUUUAGGUAAUUUUAUAAAAUACUUGCACGUUUCUUUUCUUAUCUCUAUUUCUUAAUUAUUCGUAUGCUACUGUGUCUAUUGGUGCUAGUGUUUUUCAGGUGAUAUGACCGAUAAAAUUAUUCCUGUUGUGAAGGCUGAGGAAGAGGAGGAGGAAAUGGUUGAUCCUCAGACUACACUCAGGGAGCAAUGUUCACAAAAGCAAGAUGCACAGAAUCUUUGGGGUAGGUACCAACAAUGCAAUGACCGUGUCAAUUCACGCUCUAACACUGCUGAAACCUGUGAAGAGGAACUCAUUGACUACCUACAUGUGCUUGAUAAAUGUGUUACCAAAGACCUAUUCAGCAGGCUCAAGUAAAAUCUAGAAUAACCUUCCCUCAAGGCAAAAUGCACAUGCAUUGAUUUCAUCAUUUAAUAAAUUUAUUUUGUUUUGAGGAUAAAACAAUAGUGCUUUUAGUGAUUAUAUAAUUUAUCAAUUAUGUUGUGUCAAGGAUGUAUAACCAAGUU